GGUUCAGACCAAGUUCAGACUUCAACUUUUCAAGGCUUCAGCUGAAGAACAAGGUUGUCAUUGCCCAACAUGGAUCGUUUUGACUCCCUCACCAGUACCUUGUCCAACCUGACAAUGUAUGAUAUUAAAAGCAUGUAUAACCAGGCGAAAAAUGUAGUACUCAACGUCAGUGAAAUGGAGGCAAAGGUUAGGGAGGCAACGAAUGACGAACCGUGGGGUGCCAGUUCGACCUUAAUGCAGGACAUCGCGCAAGGGACCUUCAAUUUCCAAAACUUUAAUGAAAUAAUGCCUUGCAUAUAUGCACGAUUUAUGGAAAAGGAAGCCCGACAAUGGAGGCAGAUCUACAAAGCCCUUCAACUGCUUGAGUAUCUAGUCAAGCAUGGUAGUGAACGAGUAGUCGACGAUGCACGGUCUCAUGUCUCCACCCUGAAGAUGCUCAGAAACUUUCAUUAUAUCGACGAUAAGGGCAAAGAUGAGGGCAUCAAUGUACGGAAUCGCGCUCGGGAGCUUGUCGAGCUUUUAUCGGACGUCGAAAGCAUUCGUACAGAACGUCGCAAAGCCAAAGCUAAUCGGCAUAAGUACACAGGGACAGGCAAUGAUGCGAUGAGCUUUUCCUCCGGUGGCAGUCGUUAUGGUGGCUUUGGAAAUGACACUUUAGGUGGCGGGGGCGGUGGUUCUUACGGGGACCGAAUGAGUGGAGGCGGUUUUGACCGAGAAUAUGGUGGAUCAUAUUCCGGAGGCGGAGGCUCAGGGUUCAGAGAUAGCGUAGGAAGGCGGGACUUUGAAGAAUAUAGUGCAGGAGAUGACGAGACAACGACUCGCAGGUCUAACUCUCUAUCGCAAGCUCCACGAUCCAGUACUUCUAGAAACACUCCUCUCAGGACUUCAAGUACACCUACUGCCCCACCUCCGAAGGCCAAAGAGCCCGAAGUAGAUCUACUGGGUGGAUUUGACGAUGAACCUUUGUCCACUGGCGUGUCCAAUCUUGCUACUAACAAGGCUUUACCGUCUUUACAGAGUGCAGCUACGACAGAAGUUGAUGACGAUUUCGACGAUUUCCAAGCGGCACCAAUGUCUCCUGCUGCUCCCGCUCCCGCCCCUGCCCCCGCUGCAAAGGCGACCCUUAGGGAAAUGCUCAGCCCAAGCCCUCCUAUAUAUACCCGCACUGUCGUAUCUCCAACGGCUCCGAUAUUCAGCUCACAGCAGCCAUUGCAGGCUGCCAAGCCCGCCUCACCUCCUGCCUAUGGCAAUCAGUCGUUUGGCAUUAUGUCUCCCACUGCUAAUCGCCAGUCUUUCUCGUCGCCUAUGGCACCUACCCAGAACAAACCAUUCAAUGCGUCUCAGCCAUUAUCGCCCACUGGUUCCGUUCAAUCCCGUUUUUCCGCAGCUCCUGCUCCUGCUCCUGCCAAAGCCAACUCAAACUUCGACGACUUAUGGACCAUGUCCCUGGGAUCUCCGACUGCGAGUACGAAUAACAAAUCAGGUGCUGGAAGGUCGAUGAAAGACUUGGAGAAAGAAAAGGUACAGGCUGGUAUCUGGGGAUCCGCACAGAGAUCGUCGCAUUCUGCCACGGGAUCUAUAUAUGGGAAUUUCGGAGGAGUGACAGGAGGAGCUGCUAGUGGUAACAAUUCUGGUACUUCUAAGGCUUCUGGUGGUGGAUUAGACGACCUUCUGCUUUGAGAUUGUAGACAGUGUAACCUCGUUCAAAUAUCUCGGAAUAGUUUACAUAGAUAGGAGGUAGUAUGACAUUUACAAUUUUACAUAGUUUGCCUGUUCCCGGU